AUGGAGUGGGCGAUGGUGGUAGGACGCAAAGGGAAAAGGAGAGCGGGAACGGGGAAUGCCUCGCUUCCGGACAAAGAACCUGUCGGAGGGGCGGUUGGAGAAGCUGUCGGCGGGCCAGUCGGUGGUAAGAAGCCGGCCCAGGGCGCCGCCACCACCCUCUCGCAGAAGAUACGGAAGGCGCCGAGGACGGCAGCGGUGACGCUAACGUGCCUCUGCGAAGGAGGAUACAGCAAGCACAUGGCGGAUUGUAGGAAUGCCAUUGUGCUCAGCGAACUGGGGAUUGAAAAACACCCAAGCAUAAGGACGACGGCAACCGGGGUUCUCAACAUAGAGAUCUCCGGCCCGGAAUGCGGCAUCAAGGCCGACGCACUAGCGAACAAGAUGGCCGAGGUGCUGGCAGGCAGGGAGGGCGUGAGAGUUACGAGGCCGGUGAUGACCGCCGAUAUAAGGGUCUCCGGCUUCGAGCGGUCAAUCACGCAAGAAGUGAGGAAUGCUCUCGCUUUAAAAGGAGGUGUCUGCCCGACGAAAGUGGAAAUCGGUCCGAUAAAGAGAAUCCCGAAUGGAUUGUGCAUGGUGGUUGCGAAAUGCCCGCUUGUCGCGGCAAACGCGAUAACGAAGGAGAACCGCAUUACAAUCGGAUGGGGACCCGCCAAACUGGAGUUUUUGGCCAAAAAGCCAUUACGAUGUUAUAGGUGCCAGGAAAUGGGCCACACCAUAGCUACCUGUAAAAGCAAAAAUGACCGCACCGGAGCAUGCUACCGGUGCGGGGAAACCGGCCAUCAGGCAAACGGGUGCGAGGCCCCCUUCAAAUGCGCGGUGUGCGCGGGUAAAGGGCUUCCUAGCAACCAUCGAGUUGGCAGCAAGCCAUGCCCCAGUGGGAAAAAGGGUAAAGGAAAAACGCCCCCUUCCAACAAAAAGGAGGGUAAAAUUCCCCCAUAA